CCCGCAGCUUCACGAAGUCCACUGCCCUCGUCAAUUAGCCUCCCAUUCUCCCUCAUUCAGACCAGCCACCGUCACAAUGGCUCAGCGAGACCCUCAGUUCAACCAGCAUGUCCUCGUGGACACCACCCCCAUGCCGGACCACAUCCCCAAGGUGGAGGAGAUUGGCGCCACCUCGGCAUUCCUGAGCAGUGCGGCGUACUUCAUUGGCGACCGCUGCAAGGCUUUCAACGACGAUUUCAUGAAGUGCAAGGACGAGGCUAAUGGCCGCGGGGAGAUCGAGUGCUUGAAGGAGGGGCGCAAGGUGACGCGCUGCGCUGCUAGCGUUAUCAAGGAUAUCAACACCCACUGCCUCGACCAGUUCAAGGCCCACGCUGACUGCCUCGAGAAUAACAACCACUACCUCUUCGAGUGCCGCAAGGCCGAGGUGUCCCUCAACAGCUGCAUCUUCGACAAGCUGGGCCUGAAGAAGACCAUCCCCGGCGCUCCCGAGAACCAGGUCCCCGUCCACCUGCGCCCCAAACAGAAGUACGCCCAGUACCCCGGACCGCAGUACUAAAAAGAAUCGAGAUGAUACUCUCCUCACCCGGUUCAAUCCUCUUUCACCAACCAUCCCCGAUUUCCUCGCCCGCCCUUACUAUACUGCCGCCCAGGGCUUCGGCUUCUCUUUUUUUCCUAUUUGUUUGUUCUAAACUAGAUGCGCAAGCGGUCCUUGUGUUUCAUCUACUCUGUCUGUGCUCGUUCGGUGUAUGUUUUGUGUAAAUAUCUAUUGGCAUCAGGAAUGGUUAUGAUUUCCGCUUGAAAUGUGGUCUUUUAUCGCGAAUUGCGAAGUGCUUGGUAUCUUGCUUUGCACAAUCUAACUCGAUAUCCUGCUAGUCGCUUGGGACCGAGAAAUAAAUGGU